AUGCCGGCCGUGGUAAACAACGACGAAUGGGAUUUGCCCCGUCUCAAGGCGUCCAUUGGUUUUGAGGAUGACAUCCAGUACCUAUCAGCCCACGAUCAGGACCACGGUGCAAACUUAGAAUUCUUCGACGUCAAGUUCUUUCCCUACCUGGACCCCGAGGAGGACCCCGUAUUUGCUGCAGUCAGUAAGAAGCAUAUUGUCAUUUAUCGACUAUCGAGUGCAGCUACUCCCCCCUACGAACUCAUCCAGCUUUUCAGGGAUGAUGACGAGGCUGUGAACUGCAGUUGCACGUGGAGCAAAGAACCCGAAACGGAUCUCCCUUGGCUUUGUGUAGCUGGAUGGGAUAGAAAGAUCAAAGUCUAUGAUGUUUUCCAUGGCAAGCUGGUGAAGACGCUUGUUGGGCAUGGAGCAGAAAUCAACGACCUCGCCACUUGUCCCACAAACCCCCUCCUCAUUGCGUCCGCGUCACAAGACACCUCCGUGCGCAUAUGGAGUCUCGACCCUGCCGACGACAAACAACCAUGUGUCUGCAUUCUUGCAGGGGAAGGCCACUCUUCAGGUCUUUUGACAGUGGCUUUCCAUAACUGCGGCCGAUACGUCCUUUCUGCUGGUCAUGAUAACUGCGUUUGCUUGUGGACCUUACCAGAUCUCGAUAGCAGGUCCAGGGACAGAAACCCCCCUCCUCCUGUGGUCGUCCAUUACCCACAUUUUUUCACCUCCGAGGUCCAUAGUGGGAUCGUCGAUUGUGUGGCUUUCUUCGGUGAUUUGAUACUUUCACGUGCGUGUCAUGAGGAUAUCAUAGUCCUCUGGCGGAUUGAGGGUUUUUCUUCACGGGAUCCAAUUCCCUUGGCAUCAAGUGCGCCGACCACAAGUGAUACGGAACGACUGACGCGAUCGGCUUUCGCUCCUGCAACUGCCUCCGCAUGCCCACCACAGUAUACGCGUUUGGUACAGUUUUGCACUCCUAAUAGUGGUCAUCAGUUUUACAUGCGGUUUCGAUUGUUCCACGACAAGGAAAAGCAUCCAGUCCUUGCGUUCGGCAAUGCCCACUCGCGGAUAUUCUUUUGGGACCUGGCCAGACUCACUGUAUACCACAGCUUCGUAACUCAAAUGAACGACGGUGAAAGGGACGGACCAGUACACCGCCCAAGUUGGUUGGUGCCGACCAAGGAGAAAAGGGAACGGGUAGAUGCUAUUAGCAAGCUCAAGGAAUCAGAAGACAAGGAUUCUGUGGCUUCGGGACGUACUGGUAGUGUCGACGUCGAAGGUCCCAGCGGCAUGGCCAACCACUAUAGCUCCGAAACAAUUAAGGAUUGGGACGGGAAAUACGAUAUAACGAGCGUGGACAUCUCAAUCUAUGCCCAUUCCGAGACCAAAAUCGCUAUCAAAGAUUUCAUCGGUCGACAGGUGGCUUGGAGCCCUGCGGGAGAGUGGUGCAUUGUGGUGGGCAGCAAGAACUUGGCCAUCGUUCUGCAACGUUGGCAGAAGAAGGAUAUUAAGGACGAAAAGAAGGCGUUGGGUCAGACUGAGAGUCAAAGCAUGAGUCAGAGCCAGAGCCAGAGCCAAAGCCAGAGCCAGACUCAAACCUGA